ACAGAAAAUUUGAGAAAAAGCCGCAGAGGGAAAACCUUUUCCUUUUAGCAGAGCUGUUUUUAACUUUCUGAUGUUGAGAUACGCUCUAUCUCUAUUUUGAAAACGAAUUAAAAUUUGAUGCAAACAGCCAGGACCGGAAAGGGAAACGGGAAACCGCCACAAUCCACUGCUGGUGCCUGGCAGCAGAUCCGUAAUUAUUAUGGACGCCAGUCAUGCUAGUGAUGGUCGUCCUUCUGAUUUAAGCCAUUCCCAACAAGACACUAGCACCCAAAGCGAAGACGCUGACGAAUCUUCUCCGAAACGGAAGAAACUUCGUACGGACUCACCGAAUGGAAGCGAAAACUUACCUGACACGUCCAGUUCCACAGAAAAGUUGGAAGUACUGAACGGAUCACAUUCCAAGGAGCAAGACAUCUUCAAGAAUUUCAAGGUGGUUAAGUUGCUGAAAGCUGAUGCUUCUCGCAAAGUAAUUUUCGUCCAUGGAACUUUCGAGGAUGACAAACAUGCUGUGGCAAUCUUGGAGAAGGAUGCGUUCGGUCUCGAUAACCUGGAUGAAAUUUUUGCGAGUUCACCGCAAGGAAUUCUCGAUUUUCAAAAUGAUAUUUAUCACAAUUAUCGCACGUUCUUCUCGAGAGAGUUUAACUCGGUAAAAACUACGCUGAUUUAUCCAGCAACUGAAGAGCAUCUUGAAAAGUACUCCAGACAUGACAUGCACAUCAUUGAGGAAACUGCAGAGGAUUACCGAAACAUUACACUGCCGCUGUUAGUUCAGGAGAAGAGGUUUUCUUUAAAGUGGGUGGACAAUAUUUUGGAUCACAAAAAGGAAAGUGAAAGAAUUGUUUUCGAAGAUCCUGAUAAAGAGAAUGGAUUUAUUUUGCUGCCAGAUCUAAAAUGGGACGCACAAAACGUUGAAACUUUGUAUUUGAUUGCUCUGCCGCACAAGCGAGAUCUCCACUCUAUUCGGGAACUCACAGGAGAGCAUUUACCGAUGCUCCGGAAUAUAAAUGCAGGAGCUACGAAAGCGAUAGGUGAGAAGUAUGGACUGCCAGCAAGCCGUAUACGGGCAUUUUUCCACUACCAACCGACCUUUUACCACCUACAUGUCCAUUUUACCAAUAUUCAAUAUGACGCGCCGGGAAAAAAUGCGGAGAAAGCGCAUAUGCUGACAACCGUGAUAUCGAAUUUGGAGAUUUGUUCUGAAUAUUACAAGCGAGCUACCAUUCCUUUUCUCGUGGGCGGAAAUGACAUGCUUUUCAAGAUUUAUGCCGAUAAGAAUGCCUCAGAAAAAAAGGAGGAAAAAGAGGAGUAAAAACGAAAGGAGAAAGUGCAGAAAAAGAGGAGUAAAAACGAAAGGAGAAAGUGCAGAAAAAGAGGAGUAAAAACUUUCUGGUUAAUUAAUCCACUGAAAUUACGCGAAAACGCGGUAACAGUACAGUAAUCUACCCCUGUACUUUCCAUUUAUAAUUUUAUAAUUAUGACACUGGCCACUUCACGGCACGAUCAGUAGAAUUACCCAUAAAGUAUCCGUGAUCGAAUUUUAUGAUCUAUUCAUUUUAUUGGCGGGUUUACACUUUACAUUUCUCUGCUAGUCUGCUUCUGAAUCACAAAUGCAGAAGUCUCUGUACAAAAAUAAUUAAGCAUAAUCUCUAUCUCUGUGGAAAAAUAAUUCGGCGAUUAAAAAUUCUUAC